UGUGAGUGCUGUGAGUCCUGCUCUGUUGUGGGGAGUAAGUAAGGAGCCCACGAAUCCCGACCAGGAACAAAAUGGCUGCCAUGACUAUAGAUCCAGUGGAGCAGCCUCGGAUGUACCAGCAGACCCUGCUUCAGGAUGGACUGUGUGACCUCUUAGAAAAUGACAGAUUUGUGGAUUGUGUCCUCAAAAUCCAGGACAAGGAGUUCCCCUGCCACCGCUUGGUUCUGGCGGCCAGCAGCCCCUUCUUCAAGGCCAUGUUCCUGUCUGACUUGGAGGAGAGCAAGAAGAGGGAGGUUGUCCUCAAAAAUGUGGAACCUGGGGUAAUGGGGAUGAUCCUACGGUACUUGUAUACAUCUGACAUUAAUCUGACAGAACAGAACGUCCAAGAUAUCUUCAUGGUUGCCAACAUGUACCAGAUCCCUUCCAUCUUCUCCGUAUGUGUGUCCUAUCUCCAAGAAAAGCUGGUGCUGGGCAACUGCUUGGCUAUCUUCAGACUGGGGCUGGUUCUGGAUUGUCCCAGGCUUGCUCUUGCUGCAAGAGACUUCAUCUGUGAGCGCUACCAGGUUGUUGUCAGGGACCAAGACUUUCUGCAGCUGGGCCCCAGUGAGCUGGCCAUCAUCAUCACCUCAGAUGCCCUUAAUGUUGACCGGGAGGAGCAGGUGUUUGAGUCCCUGAUGGACUGGGUCAAGCAUGAUGAGACACAUCGGGUCAAAGAUCUCCCAGAGCUGCUGCACUGCAUUCGUUUCAGACUCAUAGCUUUGGAUUACUUCAAAGAAAAAGUGGAGUGUCACCAGUGCAUCCGCUUCAGCCAGGAGAUCAAGAAGGAGCUGGAUCUCGUCAGGGAUGCUCACAGAGGACGUCUCCCCAAGCCAAAGAAGCCUGCAAGAGAUGGGGCGAAGGGGGGUGAAGGCAGUGAGGAUGAGGAAGAUGAAGAAGAAGGUUACCUGCCUGGUAUACUCAAUAACAACCCUCGCUUUGGGAUGUUUGAGCUGGACCUCAUACUUAUGAUUAGCGACACAGGGACUGUGGCCUAUGACCCGGCAGGAAAUGAGUGCUUUGUGGCAUCAGAAUCCACCGAAAUUCCCAAGAACCACUGCAGCCUGGUGACGAGAGAGAACCAGGUAUUUGUUGUUGGAGGGCUUCUCUACAGUGAGGAGGACAAAGAUGAACCAUUCAGCUCCUACUUCCUGCAGUUUGAUCCAGUCAAUUCAGAAUGGUUAGGAAUGCCUCCACAACCCAACCCACGCUGUCUGUUUGGCCUGACCGAGGCUGAAAACUCCAUCUUUGUUGUUGGAGGGAAGGAACUGAAGGAAGGAGAGCAAGCACUAAGCUCAGUCAUGAUCUACGACAGACAGUCAUUCAAAUGGGGAGAGUCUGAUCCUCUGCCUUAUGAAGUGUAUGGCCAUGGAACUGUAUCACACAAAGGUCUUGUCUAUGUCAUCGGAGGAAAGUCUGAAAGCAGAAAAUGCAUGAGAAGAGUCUGUGUCUACAAUCCCACUAAGUUUGAGUGGAAGGACCUGGCUCCUCUGAAAACAGCCCGCUCUCUGUUUGGCAUCACUGUCCACAAUGACCAGAUCUUUGUGGUGACAGGAGUCACAGACUCAGGCCUCACCAGCUCUGUGGAGGUCUACGACAUUGCCAAUAACAAGUGGUCUGAAUUCACAGAGUUCCCUCAGGAGCGCAGCUCCCUCAAUCUGAUCUCAAUGGGGGGGCUCUUGUAUGCUGUGGGUGGUUUUGCCAUGAUGCCCAGUGAAACCAGUGAGGAGCCCGUCCCAACAGAGAUGACUGACAUUUGGAGAUAUGAUGAGUCAGACAAGUGCUGGACCGGGAUACUGCGUGAGAUUAGCUAUGCGGAGGGAUCCACUAUUCUUCCAGUGCGUCUCAACACUCUGCGCCUCACAAAGUUAUAACUGGACCAAACUCUUAGUGUCAUGAGGGGAAUCAUAUAACUUUAGCACCAGAUUAAAAUAAUGUAUUGAUUAGCUGAGGGUCAGAAGGUAACAGGUGGGGAUGAAAAAAGGUGUUAUGAAACAAGCAUAGAAGAAUUUUAUCUCCGUUUUUCAGCAGGGGGAGACAGAUACAUGCCAGAGCAGGACACGAGUCAGAACAUCACACCAAAUUUAUUUUUCGAGAAAGCUAAAAUAUCAC